CUCCUCCAACCGAUGGGCAGACACAAUCUGCGCGGUGUUGUUAGCUGUUGCUGAAAACUUUGUAGCGUGUCAGUAAACAUGUUUUUGCUAAUUUAGACAAAUUCCACAAUAUAGUCCGCGAAAGACAAUGAUUGUGCUCCAAAAAAUUCGCAGGGAAGAAGUAAAGUGAUGUGGGUGUUCGUCUACAGCUCGUUACUUGCCUAAAAUGCCACGAUAUGGAAAUAGAUAGCGCCAAUGCCAACCCUUGUCGGAGUUUCUGGUUUCGGACACCGAGUACUCUUCCCAACAUUUCAGACGAAGUAACAGCUAUGCUUUUCAAGAUAUAGUUGACUUUUUCCAAACGUGAUACAAAUAUUACUUUGCAUCCGUCUAAUUCGUCAUGUCAGAUCAGAAUUACUACUGGACCGUCCUGCCCAGUUACAAAACAAGUUUUGUGACUGGGGCCAUGAUGAAAAGAUCAAAAAGUUGCCGUAACAACAAGAGGCGGAGUCUGGCGGUCGGGACCCCGUCACCUACGCUCUCGCGACCACUCUCGCCUCUCCCCCUCACCGCAGCUGGAAGUAGUCCCCAAGAAAGCCCCCGAAAUGUCUCCUCUAGUGCCUCAGCCAACUUCCAAUUUGCGCGCAGUCACCUGGCCCGCACAGAAAGGGCGGAUGGGCGAAGAUGGUCGGUGGCCUCAGUUCCCUCGUCUGGAUACGGUACUAACCCUCCCAGCUCCUCCGUUUCUUCUUCAUCCUCCUCUCAGGAACUUUUGCACCAGCUGCCCUUCCAGCCCACGGCAGACGACCUUCAUUUCCUGUUCAAACACUUCCGGAGCACGGAGAGCGUGCCAGAUGAGGAGGGGAACCCCUCGCCCCCCGUCCGGCUACGUUCACGCAGUCUCAGUCCCGGUCGAACAUGUGGUACCUUUGACAAUGAAAUUGUAAUGAUGAAUCACGUCUACAAAGAACGCUUUCCCAAGGCCACAGCCCAGAUGGAGGGCCGUCUUUUGGACAUCCUCGCCGACUGCUCCCCGGACUGCCACCUCCCUCUGGCUGAUGGUGUACUGGGCUUCAUCCAGCACCAGCUAGUGGAACUGGCCCGCGACUGCCUGGACAAGUCCCAGAUGGGCCUGGUAACCUCGCGGUACUUCAUGGAGCUGCAGGAGAAACUUGAGAAGCUACUGCAUGAGGCUUAUGAACGUUCUGAGAGUGAGGAGGUGGCCGUCAUCAUCAAGCUGGUGAAGAAGAUUCUCAUUGUCAUCUCGAGGCCGGCCAGGUUGCUGGAGUGUCUGGAGUUUGACCCGGAGGAGUUCCUUCAUCGUUUGGAGGCAGCGGAGGGCCACGCCAGGGUGGGCCAGGUCAUCAAGACUGACAUCCCCCGCUACAUCAUCAGCCAGCUGGGUCUCAACCGGGACCCACUGGAAGACAUGGUCCAUAUGGAUCAAACCAGCUCAGGACACCACGGAGCGACCUACAGGGAGAACGAUGACGCCUUGGAGGGCCGGGCUGCCUGCACUCCUCCUCGCAGGAAACCGUUAGAAAGUGACUUUGAGACAAUCAAGCUCAUCAGUAACGGGGCUUAUGGCGCUGUGUUCCUGGUCAGACAUAGGGAGACCCGGCAGCGUUUUGCCAUGAAGAAGAUCAACCGGCAGAACCUGAUGCUGAGGAACCAGAUCCAGCAGGUGUUUGUGGAGCGAGACAUCCUGACCUUUGCGGAGAACCCCUUUGUAGUCUCCAUGUUCUGCUCCUUCGAAACAAAACGGCACCUCUGUAUGGUGAUGGAGUACGUGGAGGGUGGGGACUGUGCCAACCUGCUGAAGAACAUGGGUCCUCUGCCUGUGGACAUGACCCGGAUGUACUUCGCAGAGACUGUCUUGGCACUGGAGUACCUCCACAACUAUGGCAUCGUACACCGAGACCUGAAACCUGACAAUUUGCUGAUCACAUCCAUGGGCCACAUCAAGCUCACUGACUUUGGACUGUCCAAGAUUGGCCUGAUGAACAUGACCACCAACCUGUAUGAGGGUCACAUUGAGAAGGACACCAGGGAGUUCAUAGACAAACAGGUGUGUGGUACUCCUGAGUACAUUGCCCCCGAGGUGAUCCUCAGACAGGGCUAUGGGAAGCCGGUGGACUGGUGGGCCAUGGGCAUCAUCCUCUAUGAGUUCCUGGUGGGCUGUGUGCCUUUCUUCGGGGACACGCCCGAAAAGCUCUUUGGACAGGUGGUGAAUGACGACGUUGUCUGGCCUGAGGGUGAGGACGCCCUGCCCGCUGAUGCCCAGGACCUAAUCACCAGGCUGCUGAGACCGUGUCCUCUGGACCGCCUGGGGACUGGGGGCACACUGGAGGUCAAGAUGCACAUGUUCUUUGUGGGUCUGGACUGGAACGGGCUGUUAAGACAGAAGGCUGAGUUCAUCCCCCAGUUGGAGACUGAGGACGAUACCAGCUACUUUGACACCCGGACUGAGCGAUAUAGUCACCUGGGAUCGGACGAUGACGAAGAUGAUGAUGAGACCUGCGACGAAGACACAUCCCUGGAGCUCAAACAGUUCUCGUCUGUGGCACAUCGCUUUAGCAAGGUGUACAGCAGCACAGAGCAUCUUUCCACAUCCACGCCGUCGUCGGAGCGCAGCCACAGCGAGGAGAAGGAGGAGAGAUGGGAGGGAAGAGCACUCCUCUCUCCAGGAGAGGGAAACAAACAGGGGGCAUGCGGGGACCAGAGGACGGAGACACCCAGAGGAGGCCUGCGCCCCAGGGCUUCCUCCAGCUCGUCCCAGUCUGAGAGGAGUGCCAACCUUCUGGUGAUGAACAGCACCCAGAGCCUGGAAACCAUGCCACGCUUUGCCAUCUCAGCGGAGGACGAGGAUGGCGUCGUCUCCAACCUGCGUCGUAUCCGUAUCCGUAGUAACAGCACAGGCACGCGGCCCUCUUACAGGCGAGGGGCGUCCCGUCGCAUCGGGCACCAGCUGGAAACCCCCGAGAAGCCCAGGCCCCCGGCCGGCUGCAAGGUCCCCAAGUCGGCCUCCGUCUCGGGCCUGUCCCUUGUCAUCACCCCAGACACCACAGAAGGCAUGCCCACCAGCCCCAAGUCGUCCUUGUCCCUCUCCUCCAACCCCUCAUCCCGCGACUCAUCCCCCAGCCGGGGGGACCUGUCCCUGAGCAUCAGCAGCCUGCGACCCCCGGUGGUCAUCCACAGCUCCGGGAAGAGGUUCGGCUUCGCCCUGCGCGCCAUCCGGGUCUACAUGGGUGACACGGACAUUUACACUGUGCACCACAUGGUCUGGUGCGUGGAAGAGGGCACCCCAGCCCACGAGGCGGGUUUGAGAGCCGGGGACCUCAUCACCCAUGUGAACGGGGAGUCUGUCCAGGGCCUGGUGCACACUGAGGUGGUGGAGCUGCUGCUCAAGAGCGGCAACAAGGUUAUGCUGCAGACCACGGCCCUGGAGAACACCUCCAUCAAGGUUGGCCCAGCCAGGAAGACCAGCUACAAGAGCAAGAUGGCCCGACGUAGCAAGAAGAGCAAGAGGAAGGACAGCCAGGACGGUAGACGGCGUAGCAUCUGGAAGAAGCUGUCCAAGCACACGCCUUCUCCCAUGCAGAGCAGUCGCAGUUUCUCGUCCGGCUUCCAGCAUUCGGUCUCCUCCAGUGACAGCCUGUCUGGCUCUCCCACCCAGAGCCUGUCGCCUGGGCCGUCCACACCCUGUCGCUCCCCUGCCCCCGAUCAGUCUGGAGACUCCAACUCCCCCCUGAGUUCCUCACCCUGCUCUAGCUCUCCCAACUCCCCCGUUCCCCAGGCCCGACCCAGCUCCCUCCACGUCCUGGGCCGCUACACCAAGGCGGGCCGCUGCAAGUCUACCAGCAGCAUUCCCCCCUCCCCGCUGGCCUGCAUCCCCCCGCCCCAGCCCCUCUCCCCCCAGUGCCCACCGUCCUCACUCCCCAGUCUGUCCAGGAGCCUCCAAGGUUUCCACGGCAAGACCUUGUCCCCUCCCACCGUGGCGCGGCACUCCGUGCGCCCCCGCAGCGCCGAGCCGCCCCGCUCGCCGCUCCUCAAGAGGGUGCAGUCGGCCGAGAAGCUCUCGGGGGCGUACCACGGCGACAAGAAGGCUUUCGCCACCCGCCGACACACCAUGGAGGUACCCCUGUCAGAAGGGAAGGGGCUAGAGGACGUGGAGGCGGGGGAGACUGCCACGGGGUUUGUCUGUGUGGGCGAGCAGCAUGGCCGCCAGGGUCUGUUCUUAGGAGGUCAGAGGAGCCACGGCGGCGAGCACCGCUCCAAGGAGGUGGUGGUGAUGAGAAAACUGGCCCUGUCUGAGAGGAGGGACUCCUUCAAGAAGCAGGAGGCGGUGCAGGAGGUGAGCUUUGACGACCCAGAGGAGAAGGAGGCCCCAAGCUCUGUGCUCCCUGUCAGGCAGUCACGGUUCAAGGCGUCAUGGAUCAACUCGGCCCAGCCCGACUGGGGCCUGGAAGUGGCGGGGCAAGGAGCACAGGAUACAGCGGGGCACAUAUCCAAGCCAAAGGAGAAGAAGGGCUAUUAGCAGAGCAUUGCUCCAGGAAGGUGAAAGGUCAAGUUAUAGUCUCACUCUAGAGGAGAGUAAGGCUACACAUUCUCCGGCCUCCGGCCUCAUCAAUAACCCAAUGAUUUGGCUUUUGGGGGAAAGGGAAAUAUCAUGUGACACGCGUUGCGGUUUUGGACAUUAACAAGGCAACACUCCAUCUUAACUCCUUUUGUGUUUACUGAAUUGGUUGAACAGUCCAGAAGUCAACAUCCCGUGACAUUUCCCUUCACGUCCAAGACCAGUAUGUCGGGAUCUUGUUGCAGGUGUUUCUUAAUGCCUGCAACGCCGAGUUAUAAAUUCGGACUGUCUACAGUAUGUGAGGGCCCUGCAUGUUCAUCCGCGAGAAUAUACUCAAGUUGAGCCAAUUUAGUCAGCGAAAGAGAGGGAAUCUAAAAUAAUAAUUGGCACAUUCCGCUUACAGUUUGCACACUACCACACUGUAAAGGGAACAGUUGAGUGCCAAAAUUGAUUUACAUCCCUCAUCCCUCCCUUUUGGAUUUAGUUUCACUGUAGCACUGAAACAUUAUUUUUUAAACUUUGUAAAUACCUUCUUUUUUUUGUUAUGAAUAACCUAUUUAUGAUGCUUUCUUUUUUGUUAAUUGUUUUUGUUUAUGGGGCUGAACAUGACAAUAUGCAUUAUUUGCCCUUCAUGUAAUGCACACAAUUGAAUUGCCAUUCUCUAGUAUAAUUGAUCGAGACGUGGAGAAAGUAAAUUUUAGAACAAAUGUUUGGAUGGUUGUAAAUGGAGACAGCGGAUGAAGCAAUUUUGUUUAAUUAUCUCUGUUAAAUUGAUCAACAUUUGACUUGCCAUUAUUCAUUAUUUAAAAAUAGGCUGUUGAUUUUUGUGUUUAACAUUGGCCUCAAUAACUUGAAUGUUUAUUGACUCAAAGUGUUUCCAAACCAUUAUUCCAGUCUCAUAAUUAACACACUAAAACAAAAUGUGGGUGGUAUUGAUUGGUAGUAACCGUUAUAUCCAACAGCACCUAAGAAAGGGUGUCACGCGGUACAAGAAGUAUAUGGCAUCUCAAUUCUAUAGGCUUUGUGCCAGGACAUGGAUUUCUCUAAAAAAAAAAAAAAAAAAAAAAAAAAAAAAAAUU